AACUAGGUGACUUAGAUUAGUUCCUUCACAGAAUAUGGGAUGAAUUUAAAGAAUACAAUGGAUACUUUCCGCUGUCGACCAUUAGUUCAAAGUCAGUCAUAAUCUGUUUUCUGGUAGUGUUUAAGCAGAGUAGUCUACACGACAGCUGCUGCCUUGUUGUUCUCGGCUUGAAACGUAAAAUGUGUGACUGGGACAGGUGAGAGAGAUGCAACAUGGGCAGGAAUGGACCAAAGUGUGACUUCAGGAAGCCAAAGCCUCAGAUAUCAUGUCACAAAGCAGCCUGCAUCAACUCCGUCGCCCGGAGCUGAGCCACCGGUCGAGUGUGUGUGAAAGGGGACCCUGCCAGCCUCCAUGGCUCACUCGUCAGACCCAUCCCGCAGGGACAAGACCCCCGGGACCCAAGGGUCACACACGGCUACACGCAACCUCUUACGGAAGAAGGAGCAGCGCCGACGUGGAAUCCGAUCCUCCUCACCCAUGGGCCGGGUCAUCCUCAUCAACUCUCCUGUGGAUGGUGGAGAUGACAGCGAGGACCUCCAUACGAUCACGGUGGAUAAAAGUGCAGAUGGCAAGCUCGGCUUCAGCGUGCGUGGAGGCUCCGAACACGGCCUCAGCAUCUUUGUCAGUAAGGUGGAGGACAACAGUACAGCAGAGCAAGCAGGCCUGCUUGUAGGUGAUAAACUGGUGGAGGUGAAUGGUAUCAGCCUGGAGAGCAUCACGAUGAGCAGCGCUGUGAAGGUCCUGACAGGCAACAACAGGCUGAGGAUGGUGUUAAGACGUGUUGGCAAAGUCCCCGGCAUCCGCUACUCCAAGGAGAAAACUACCUGGGUGGACUUGAUACACAGGCGUAUGGUGGUGGAGGAGAGCGGACGGACACCUUCUGAGACCAGCUCCGGAAGUGCCCUCCAAAGGAUCGUCCACCUUUACACCACCUCAGACGACUACUGUUUGGGUUUCAACAUCCGUGGGGGAAAGGAGUUUGGUCUGGGCAUCUAUGUCUCCAAACUGGAUCCUGGUGGUCUGGCGGAGCAGAAUGGAAUAAAGAUGGGGGACCAGAUCCUGGCUGCCAAUGGAGUGAGCUUUGAGGACAUCAGCCACAGCAGUGCUGUGGAGGUGCUGAAGAGCCACACACAUGUCAUGCUGACCAUCAAGGAAGCAGGACGAUACCCUGCUUAUAAGGAGAUGGUGGCAGAAUACAGGUGGCUUAAUAAGCUGGCCAAUGGUAGUCAGAAAUCUUCCUCCCAGGGUUCAGAAUCCAACUCCUCAGCCUCCUCUCUGUCGUCUGGCACUCCGGUCAGCUCUCUGAGCGGCCUGUCGCAGGUCAUGUUCCCUCCCAGCCUGCCGUUUGGUUCAGACAUGGUGGAUGUAUGCAUUUCUACUGAGGACCAGAGGUCAGAGUCAGCGCAAACUGAGACUGCAAUCCAGACCGACCUUCCUUCUCAGAGGAUGGGCGCAGACACCACUCGCAGCCUGGGACAAACCACUCUGCUCAAAGACACGGUGAUCCGUGCAGAGGAGGACAGGGGGAGGAAAGAGUCCCCCAAGACAGCCGUGCUGCUGGCUCUCGGCAGACCGGCCAGACCAAUCAGCAGGUCCCAGAGCCAAGUCACUGUGGCAGAGAUCAAGCAGAAGAAAGAGAAGAAGCAUAAAGGGAAGGACCCAGAGGAGAAGAGCACCCUGCAGCGCUCAAAGACCUUCGUCAACUUGCUAUUCAAGGGUGGACGCAAACGAGAUACUUCCAGGGGGCGCUCCAAGUCCCCGUCCACAGACAAGGCUGGUAAAGGGGGUCGACAAGUCAGUGCGAUGCCAAAUUCAGAGAUGCUUGGAGUGGUGGAGGACAUGGCCCACAGGCUGCUGACAGAAGAGGAGGAGGCUGCUGUGAUGAAGACGUGCCGAAGGUACAUCGCAGAGCGGUCAGUGGAGACCAUGAUACGCCACCUGCUGGCCGUGCUGGACAGACCUGAAAAGCUGCUCUUGCUAAGGGAAGUCCGGAUGCUGCUUCCCCCUUCUGACUUGAGUACAUUCAAUAACAUGGUGACCCCUAUCGAAGUCGAGGCCUAUGAUAUCCUCAAGUACCGCUCAAUCCAAACUCCUCCUCUUCGCUCUCCUACAUCUGGUCGAGCACCCAAACGACGCCUCAUCACUCCCGUUCCAGACUACAGGGGAGGCUUUGAGCUCCACAAUACAGAGGAGGUGGAGAAGGAGAGCCACCUACUGGAAGAGCUGGAGAAGCUCAGUCUGUCUGGGCCCCGGGGGUCCAAGGAGAGGCAUCACACCUCCAGGUCCUUCACCCCGCUGCUCGACAUACCGGUGGACGGAUAUAACACUGAGUCCAGAGACCUCAGACCCCCCUCUGCCGCCGCCGUGCUCCCCAACUGGUUGCUGGCCCACAACGAUGAUUCCCGCCCUCCUCUCAGAACAGACAUUGGCACCAUUCGCUCCGUCCACUUCGACGAGGUUUCACUGCACUCAGCUUCAAGUAAGGGGGACACGACUUCAGAAAGAGGAAGGUCACCGUUUAGAAACGGCCACUCCAAAGGCAAAAAGGAGAAAAGUGGAGACAGGAAUAAAGAAACUGUGUUCACGCUGCAUAGUGCUGCUCGCCGGAGUCGGCCCUUGUUGUCGCAGGUUUUCAGUUCAACUCUAGAUCAACAAGUGGAGAGUGAACAGAUGAACGGCCACCAGGCUUCUUCUCAGAAUGGACUCAGUGGCUCCAACCGUGAACAGGAGUACAAGCUGAAAACUGUCAGCAUCUCCAAGACCAAACAGUCACUGGGCAUUAGUAUUUCUGGUGGGAUGGAGUCGAAGGUUCAGCCGGUGGUGAAGAUCGAGAAGAUCUUUCCAGGAGGAGCCGCAUCCACCUGUGAAGUACUCAAGGCUGGAUUUGAGUUGGUGUCUGUGGAUGGCGUUUCCCUGCAAGGAGUUACCCAUCAGCAUGCUGUCGACAUCAUCCGAAAAGCCUUCAGCAAUAAGGCCAAAGACCCCAUGUUGUUUGUGGUCAAAGUCUCUAAAAACCUUUGAAAGGAAACUUGAGACACUUAUCAUGAAUUUAGGAAAAAUGCCUGGUGAUUUAUCAGCCGCUGGGACAGACACGGAGACAAGAACUCCAACCUAAUCACACACUGAUGCUCUGAGGUCAGGUAUGUAAUUUUGCCAUUCAUGUUAAAGUUUGUUAAAGUUAGGAAUGAUGACAUGGACACUGUUGAGCAACUUGCUGAAAAAACCAAAUGGCCUAAGGCAGCAGAUGGAUUUACGAAGGAUUAAGCAACAAAAAUGAGAGAAUGAGAUGGUUGUCACAAAGACAAAGUAAACACAGAUGCAGCAAAAGACAUUUACAGUAAAUUAAAUGUCCAGAAGGCUUGAAAUGAUGAAACAAUGGUGCUCCUGAUCUGAUGCCUUAAUUUAUCACUUUCAUCACAUCCUAGGAGCCAAUACCUGUCAAGAUUAUUUUCUUAAACAAAACCUUAGAUGUGUCAUCAGCAGUGUAUGUCUGUGCGUUUGAAUGUUUAAAUGUGCAGGAUGACAAACUGUAACCUGAGUGCCUUUUAAAAGUGGACUGAACAUAUAAAAGUCUGACUCCAUGUUUAGUUGGCUUGAAAUGAAACUUUUGAGCUGCAGAGGGCAGACGUGAGCCGUUCACAAAAAACUUCUGCUCUGGGCAGCAGCUGAGGGAAGCCACAAACCUUAAAACAUGUCUAAAUGUAAAUAAGAUGAGUACUGUAGAAUUAAUAAUUAAGGUUGCUAUUGGAGAAAAUUACAACCCAGAUAAAACUGUUAUUCCAUGUCCUGGGUGAAUACUGAUGAAAAAUAAACUUAAACUCUUCUUCUUCUGCAGAAACAGAUGAUAUCAAAUUCUAGUGUAUAUAAUUUGAUGCAAUAAUACAGCUAAGAGAGAAAAUGCAUCUACUGUAAGACUUCCUGACUUUAGAAGCAGUUGUAUGAAGUUGAACAAAUCUCCACAUACCACACAAAGCUAUUAAAUUUAGUUUUUUUUAUUUAAAAACAUAGGUUUGUUCAAGAAAUGUACAGCAUGAAAAUAUACAUUUAAUGUCUUCAUACAAAUAUUGUGGAUUAUAAAAUUAUACUGAGGAACCAGAACAAACAUCCACACAAACAUUAUAUACAGGCAUUGUAUCUGUACUGUAGGCGCAAAAUAUAAUGUGCGACAUUGCUUUGGUCUAUUCACAGUGGCUAUGUUUUAAUUUUUUUGAGAUGGACACACAUCUCUGGAAGAAAACUAUGAUUUGUCAGGGUUAUUUACAGAGGAUAAUUCAAUCAGCAGUAAUACAGGAACAUAAGACUUCUUCUCUUGGUUCUGUUGUACAGGGAAGUAACUACGCAUGAAACAGAUCCUAUGAUGUAAAGGUUGUUGGAAAAACAGUCACGCCAUGGCCAAAGUAGUUUACACCAAAACACCCAUCAUUCAGUGCAUCAUUCCCCUUCUGUGAGGUGAUCUUAGUAACACAUCACCCGCACACAGUAAUCUAUGUUACACCACAUCUUGGAGAGAGUUGUAGAAGUAUUUGAUCUAAUUAUAAGAUACAAGAAUGUAGGUGUGCUUUAAUAGUCUGACACAAUUGUCUUAAUUUUAUGUACAUUUCUGUUUUACUGGAAAACGCCACUAAUACAAAUGACUGUUACUAUGACUUGAAUGAAUUUACAGUAGGAAUGGCUAAUAAGAUAUGCUGUAUACCAUGAGACAACAUCAAUUUGACUUUGUCAUGGGGUUUAACCAUGGUCACUAUCCUUUUAAUAUCUGAGGCUAAGGUGCACAAUGUUGGAAAAGUACAAUGUUUAAAACCUGAAGAGCCAAUUUGGGCUCAAGAUUACACUUUUUCAAGUGUAACAAAGAAAAACAUUUAACAUGAGCAGUUGAUGGUGUUUUGACUUCUUUGGGAGGCAUUAAUGUGAUAAAGAUUCAUUUGUUGUGUAUUAAUAACUGGCAACACUGACACUAAGUUGACUUUAUAGGAAAAAUAAACAGGUUCCCAACA